AUGGCAGGGGUUCUGCUUCCUUACCGUGCUACCUGCGCCACCGCUGGCCCAUCUUCCGGCCGCCGUUUCCUAGGAAACGACCCCUUCGGAAUGAAGGGUCUCCGCGCCAGCCCCCCCGCCCCUUCUCCAUUCACGUUUUCACGCGCUGUGGUCGUCCACUCCCAGCGGCCAACCUGGCUUCCCGGCCUCGACCCGCCGCCUCAUCUGGACGGCACGUCUGUGUCCUUCAAGAAAUGCAUCGAUCUCGUUGCUUGAUAUCUCAGUUGAGGUUUCUCGAACAUUUCUAGUGAGUGAGAUUUCUUCUUACUGCUUUUCCUUGUUGAUUUAGCCUGGCGGGAGACUUCGGCUUCGAUCCUUUAGGGCUGGGGGAGGAUCCGGAGAGCUUGAGGUGGUACGUUCAGGCGGAGCUGGUGCAUUGUCGCUUCGCCAUGGCUGGAGUCGCCGGCAUUCUUGUCACUGAUGUAAGUUAAGUGAAGGACGUACAUGUAGUUUUUGUUGCAUUUUGUCUUGUGGAUAGAUCCGUGAUUUUCGAUAAUAAUUCAUUAGAUAGCAUCCUUGCCCAGUCAAUGAUAAUGAUAGUAUGGAGCCAAGAAUUUUCAGCGUAAAUCAUUGAUUAAUGAGAUCGACACUGAUACGUUUAGGCAUAUGGUAAGGAAGGCCACUAUUGCUGGUACAGAUCAGAAUUGACUUUACGAUCUGACUAUGGAGCAAGGAGGAUUCUGAUUGUCUGAUUUUCGGGCAGAAUUGGAUUGUAAUAAAGAAGGAUUCUAACUGAAUCAAGUUAAUAUUAGCAGAUCGAACUUGAACUUUGUUGGUUGACCCAGUCUCCUCAUCAUACGAUGUACAAUUCCCUUCCACUUAUCCUGAUUCACUUAUCCUAAUAUUACCCCAAAAUUGCUAAAUAAUUUAGUCCUAAAGCUAGUAAAAUUGUCUAAUUCAUUACACGUCCCAUAUUCCUUCACAGUAAACGGAGUUAUUUCUGUUUUCUAGGACGAAAAUAAGAAGGAAAAUGAAGAUAUAAAAGAUAUUUUUCAUUUUAAUUCGGGAAUACCUUGCCUAUGCCCAGUUUGUUUUUCAUUAACUGAUCUCAAAUUUAAAAACUCAAAAGGCAAUAUUUAGAUAGACGUAUUCAGUUUCAUUCAUAUGAGAAAGUUUAUGCUCCACUGACACAGCAUGCUGAAUGAAAUGGAGCCUUUUUAUGGAAUAGAACUUCACAUUUUCCUAUGUAAUACAAUCCGUCCAUAGCGUUUUUGUGAAAAUAUCUUAUCACAUUAACAGUGAAGGUUGAUGUAUCAUGUCAUAGUAUUACCUUGGUUGCCAUGCAAUUAAUCACUGAAUAUACGCUGUAUCUGUCUAUGUUUGUAGUUCUUUCUUUCAGUACAUUUGACAUUUUUAGUUGAAUUUAUCUCUCUGCAGCUGCUCCGUGUGUCUGGCAUGAGAAAUCUACCUGUCUGGUAUGAAGCAGGGGCCGUCAAGUAUGGAUUUGCUAAUACAGAGACACUCUUCAUUAUUCAGAUUAUUCUAAUGGGGUAUGUUUUGGCUUCUUUAUUUCAGUGUUGCAUUAUUCAGACUUGAGGUAUCCAGUGCAGUACUGCCGGUCUUUGAUCCACAGUAUAUACUUUUUGCUGGAAUUCAUUGUCUUUUUCAGGCUCAUCUCACUAUUAUAACAGUAGAGUUGCAAGCUACAUUGAGAGCUUCAUCUCUCCAACUGUGAAUUUUUAAUACUGUUCAAACGGACCGAAUGUAACCAAUACUGUUUACAUUAGUGCAGAUGGUGAUUGUAACCAAUUCCUAAAAGAUUGAAUCAAGAUCCUUGUGCUGCAAUGGAUGGAAAUAAAGUGAAGUAGUUAGCUUUUGAAAGGAAAUUAUUCGUAGACGUCUAAAGAGAUAUGCUUCGUUGAUGAAGGCUAAAAUUGUAGGUAGAUGUAAAAAAUUAAAGUCUUUAACAUAAAUUCUCUCGUGGAUAGUAAUAUUAAGCAGACUAUGUGAAGGGGUUCCUGUGGAUACCAACUUCUUCUCCUUUUCUGUGCAAAUCUGUCAUGUGAGCUUUCUUAGCUACAGACGUCCGAACCUAACAGAUUAAUUGUUGCAGUCUUUUAUUGGGUUCUACGAAAAGUCCCUAUCCUUAACGCUCAACUAUUGUUAUUGUUUGUUCCUAUUUUGCUGAAAAGGAAUACAUUUGAGGCCAGGCAGAUUUAAAAUUACUGUCUCAUUAAUGCUACUCCUAACAGUACCUAAGAUUAGAGUUUCUCAGUUACACUUGUUUUUAUCUAAGCUAUCCCAAUAUUUAGUCAUGGGGCAUGGGCUCCUAAAAUAGACCAAAAGUAGCCGUAGAACUCCUAAAUAAUAGGAUCUGAUAAAAAAAAUAAAUCUGACAUUAAGAAUUCUUCGACAGUAGUAGACAGUUACUAGGCUUAAUUACACUUUUUGGGGACCUUCCGUUUUGUAAAAAUAUGUUCUUCAUAGCUCAUUGAGGGAAGUCCACAAUUAUUCUUUCAUAGAUCAUGGUGACUUUUCUUUCAACCAGAAUAAGUAUUUCAGUCCUCUAUUUGCUUGUGGAUUCAAGGUUCUUGGUUUUUGAUCCUUUUGAAUUCAAGAAUGAAGUCUGUCAAUUGUCAUGAAUUCAAAACUUUGGAGUUUGCCUAUUGUCGAUUCAAGGAGUGAUGAUUUUUGUUCUUCUCUUACUCUGGUCGCAUCAUUGAGAAUGGCUCACCAUCAUUCACUCUUGAUGUGAUAUUCAUUUGGUGAUAUUCUAAUAUGUUGUUUUGUCUUCGAUUAUUUAAAAUUUUCAAUUUAAUGGGGUUUCUUCAUCAAUUUUUGCUCAAAAAACAAGUGACUCUUAAUGUAGUCUGAUAUUGAUUGAUAGGACUCUUGAAUAAAAUUAAUUGAUUGAUACAAUUAAUGAUGCCUCUUGAAUAAAAUGCCUUUUAACCUCAUUGAACACAUUAUUAUUAAAGGACUCCAAAAUGAAGAAAUGACAUCAAAUUUUUUAAUGUACGGCCGCCUGAAUUUGCAAUAUGCGUAAACUUUUCAUUUGUGUUAAUCUGUUGUUGCUGUUCAUAUUAUUUACCUUGCAGAUUCGUUGAAACGAAAAGGUAUAUGGAUUUCGUUAGUCCUGGGUCACAAUCCCAGGAUGGCACUUUCCUUGGCCUGGAAGCCUCACUUGAAGGGUUAGCCCCCGGGUACGUACUGCUGCUUGUAAUUUGUCAUCCGAGUCCUCCAUAUCAGGUCCAAUAAGAAAUCAAUCCCAGUUAUGUGCAAUACUAAGUCUUCCUCAAUCUAAAACAGCUACCCUGGUGGCCCUCUAUUCAAUCCUCUGGGUUUGGCCAAGGACAUUGACAGUGCCCGCGACUGGAAACUGAAAGAGAUUAAGAAUGGUUUGCCCCAAUGACUUGAUUUCUUGUGGGUCUCUCUUUAUUCCUCUGUAAUUUGCAGUCUGAUUAAUCAUGUAUUGGUUGGGAUACAGGAAGGCUUGCUAUGAUUGCCAUGCUGGGUAUCUUUGUGCAAGCAGCUGUCACUCAUGUUGGUCCUGUUGAUAAUCUCAUUGUGCACCUCUCAGACCCGUGGCACAGAACUGUGAUUCAGACUAUCACAGGGUCUGUUUAA